CUUGAAUUCACUCAUUUCGUUGUUAACAGUCUUAACGCGAUCAUCUAUUUGUAUUGUAGUUGUUUUUUCUCGCUGUGAAUUAUGUUAAUUUGUCAUUUUUGAUUCGCCAACAUGUCGACCGAUCGAACUCCGAAGUAUCGGCAGGAAAUCCAGCAGAUGAUGUUCGUCUCUGGAGAGACUGCCGAGCCAUCAGUGGAAACAACUACUCUGAUAGAAGAGAUCGUUCGCCAGCAAGUCGUUGAGAUUCUCGCACGAAGUACAACGCUGGCAACACGGCGAGGAGUCCGCUCUAUCUCAACUGAUGAUUUGAUCUUUCUCAUUCGACAUGACAAGGCCAAGGUCUCGCGCCUGAAAACUUUCCUUUCCUGGAAAGAUGUCCGCAAGAAUGUCAAAGACUCGGAUGACAAGGGCGGUGCCGACGCUGCUGAAUUUGCGGGAGCUGAUGACCCCCUUGCGGGAGGUGUCGUCGCCGGACCACAAGAUGUCGCUUCAAAGCCCAAGAACAAGAGGGCCCGUGUUGGUCUCGCAUGGGAUGUGAACAGUUUCUACUCGGUCCAGGUUCCAGAGCGAGAGGACGAGGAAGACGAAGAGGAGGAGGAGCAGAACUAUGCAACGCUCCAGCGUCUUGCUGCAGCAGACGAGCGAACCAAGAACAUGACUAAGGAAGAGUACGUGUUCUGGUCAGAAUGUCGUCAAGCAUCCUUCACCUAUCGUAAGAGCAAGCGUUUUCGUGAGUGGGCCGGCUUUGGUAUCGUAACCGAAUCAAAGCCCAACGAUGAUAUUGUCGAUAUCCUUGGUUUCCUCACGUUCGAGAUCGUCCAGACAUUGACCGAGGAAGCCCUCAAGGUCAAGGAACGCGAAGACCGGGAGAAGAAUCGCCGAGGAGGUGCGGAAAAUGGUUCAGGCGAAAAUACUAAGAAGCGUAAACGUGAAACUGGUCUCUUCGAUCCUCCUGAGGAGGGCCGAACACCGGUUGAACCGAAGCAUAUCCGUGAGGCAUAUCGUAAACUUCAAGCGACUCCGAACAAGAAUAUCGCAAUGCUUCUCCACAAUGGGCGCGUGCCAGCACGGAUGCCUUUGAGACUGAUUUAAUGGGAUGGCUUUACAUUAAGCUCGUACCGGAAAUAAUUGGACUUACAAACACAAGAUACCCACAUGAUGACUGUACGAUAUCUCGACUUCUCUUACAUUUCCUUUGUUUUCUAUCUGGGGUAGACAGUUUCGUUCCUUUAGCGCCCCCUGUAUUAUUUGAAUAUCAAUCAUU